AUGGACGCCGACGAUUGGACACUAGCAAGUCUAAUGUCCUGCAACGGAGCACUAGGCCUGGUGUCCCUCUUUUUGUGCUAUUACUACCAUCACAAGAAAGAAACGGCACUCCGCGUCAACGUCUUCUUCCUCCUCAUCGCCACUCACGGCAUAGUCCGCUGUUUGUUCUUCGGCCUCUCCAUCUACUACUCGGCGUCGCGCUCAGCGAGGGACUUCCUGGACGACAUUCCCGGCAUCCUCUUCUUCUCUGCUUGCUGCUUCUUCAUCUAUCGCGCCAAACCGAACGCGCCGCAGGAGCGAUCAUGCAGGCAGUACAUUUGGCUGCUGGGCAAUUUCUACGUGCUCGCGAUCGUGAACAUUCUGUUCUAUCUCCUCUACUUCGUUCUCCUCUACCUGGCCUUCACCUACCAGGACCAGAGCCAGCGACGAGAAGGCGGCGGCGGCAAGAACGACUCCGAUGGCGAGGUCAGCGAUAGCGUCAUGAUCGUCGAGACCUCCAUCAGCGCCCUCUUCGCAACCGGCUACUGCCUCCUGGCGAUCGCCUUCGGUCUACUGGGCAUCCCGUUCUUCUGCCGCCUCGACCGCGACAGCAACGCCGGCUACCUCGAGAUUGGCGACACUACAGCACCCAUCGGCGACAACACACCCUCGCAGACGAAGAAGCGAAAGAGUUCAUCGACCAGCCUCAACAACAGCGAAAACGACGUCGGCGAGGCUGCAGCCGGCAGGCGUGGCGGCAGGACCGCCAGGGGCGUCCCGAGGAAUGCCUCUGACGAGUCGAGUUUUAUCGACGUGCGCUUUUCGGCCAGCGACGAUGAGGGGUGGUCGCACACCUUCGACGGCGACCUGGGGAGUAACUCGCUGGCCAAGUGGCGAGUUGACCAAGUCACAGACGACGAGCUCGAAGGCGGCCAUCGCCACGUUGGCGUCGACACAGCUGAGGCGGAUCGCUUCAUCAUCACCAAAAAGAUACCCAUCAGCGGGCCGGGAAACGGUGCUGCUGCUACUGCUGCUGUCGGCCAUCUCGGUCUCCAGCCUUCGGCCAAGCCACUGACAUGCAUGCGCAAGUCGCUGCUUGUGGUGUGCCUCUGGCUGAUCAUCAUCUGCUUCAUCGCGCGCGUCACGUUUCUGAUCCUGUCGCUGUUCUUCGAGACGCCCGACCAGUACAACCUGCACACCGACGGGGCGAGCGGACGCGAGGCGCUCAAGAUCGUCACGCGCUUCUUGUACUACCUCAUCGGCGAGGUCCUGCCGGCCCUCCUGCUCCUCAUACUCCACUGCCACGUUAUCGUCAACCUCCGCGGCACAUUGAAUACUCUCACGAGGGAUCCGACCAUCCCGCAGCUCGAAUGCAACGAGCUGCUGAUGGGCGAAUUGGUCGGCUGCGGCUCUUUCGGCGUCGUCCACAGAGCCCAAUGGCGCGGCCUGGACGUAGCAGUGAAGAAGCUCUACUUGCCCACGCACAUGCAAGAGCACGAGACCAUCACCGCCUUCACCCAGGAAAUUGCUCUCGUGAGCCAGUUGAGGCAUCCCAACAUCGUCCAGUUCCUCGGCUACACGCCACCACCUGCGCUGAUGCUCAUCACCGAGUUCAUGCCUCAUGGCAGCUUGACCGAAGUGUUACGAAACGCCGCGCUCCAAGAACAAUUGAACCACCAUCAGCUGAUUCGCAUGGCGCGCGACAUCGCCCUCGGGAUGACGUACCUGCACGGCUCUUCCAUCCUCCACCGCGAUCUCUGCCCCUCCAAUUGCCUCGUUGACGGCAAUCUGGUGGUCAAGAUCGCAGACUUUGGGCUGGCGCGACUUAAGUCCCUAAGCAGGACCAUGACGCGUGGUCUUGGCACCCCAGCAUACAUGGCGCCAGAGGUGCUCAAGAACCAGCCCUACACCGAGAAGGCCGAUGUCUACAGUUUUGCUGUCUGCUUCUGGCAGCUCCUCAGUGGCGAGGAGCCGUACAAGGCGAUGGAAGGUGCGUACCAGAUAGUGUAUUCGGUCACCAACGGCGAUCGGCCGCCACUGGCGGCAUCUCUCGGCAAGGAGGAGCGGGCGCUCAUCGAGCGGUGUUGGGCCAACGACCCGCAACAGCGACCAGCGUUCAAGGAAGUCGUCCAGCGUCUCAACGUCAUCCUCAGCCUCGAGGACGACUAUUGGGAGGCCGAUGGCGACAGCGACGAGGCCGACAAGGAACGAGCGGAGGGUGGUGAUGACUCCCACAACCGACGGCCUGCCUGGCCUUGA